AAUAAACAGACAUAUAUAUAUAUAAAUAAAUAUAUAUAUAUAUAGAUAAAUAAUCGAAGCCAAACGCCUAUCAGUUGGAAAGUGAAUCAUGGAACACACUUGGGUGCACUCGACUCCAUAUGCCGCACUGCCUCCGUACGCUGUUGUUGGUGGCCACGAUGCCGAUGGCUCGCCCAUCUACGUGGGCCGCUCGUUUCACGAGGGCGAGAACCUGCCCGCCAAGGUCAUACCGAGCAAAGGUUGCGCCUAUGUAGCCUACGGCGGCACCGAACACCAGAAGACCCACUACGAGGUGCUCGUCGGCCAGGGCUUCGCCUGGGUGGGCAGCGCCAGCGGCGGUGUGCCACCAAAUGCGGUGAGAAGUGGCAACACCCGCACCGGCGAGCCACUCUAUGUGGGACGCGGUCACUAUUCGAACUCGUUGUGCGUGGGCAAGGUGCAUCCGUCGCACGGCUGUCUCUACAUACCGUUCGGCGGCCAGGAGGUGCGCAUCAACACCUACGAAGUGCUCAUCCAUCAGCAGCACGAUGUCUGGGUGCCGGCAUCGGCCAGCUUUACGCCGCCGGGCGCCGUCAUAGCCGGUCACGAUUCUGAUCGUACGCCCAUCUAUGCGGGUCGCGCCAUGCACGAGGGUGAAAUGCUGCCCGCCAAGGUGGUGCCCAGCAAGGGCACUGCCUACGUUUGCUUCGGCGGCUACGAGUUCCAGAAGCCCACCUACGAGGUGCUCACCGGCUAUGGCUACUCCUGGAUUAGGAGCUCACAUUGCAUACCACCAAAUGCCGUCAGCACGGGCCGAGCACGCAACGGCGAGCCCAUCUACUAUGGACGCGGUCACUAUCAGGGCAGCCUGACGCCGGGUCUCAUCUCCUCGCGACAGCGUUGCCUCUAUAUACCCUAUGGCGGACGUGAAAUACGAAUCGAUUCGUAUGAGGUGCUGUGCAGGCAAUAGGCGAUAUAUAUAUAGUAUAUAAAC